GAAUUACUAAAAACGGCCUAAGCAUACUGGCUGAUGUCUUCUGGAGUGGAAACAGACAUUUGAAAGAAUGUUGGACAAGAUAAUUGUGUUGUGAAUGUUAACUACCCGGGAGUGAGUGAAGUAGCCAAUUUAACAUUAAAGGCAAUGAAAACCAAAAAAAAAAAAAAAAAAUUAUGUGUGUGUUGGUGCUUAUAUGUGUAUAGGCUAAAAAUUUGUGAUGUCAUAUUACAAAUAGGUUAUCUUUGAUGAAUGGGAACUUUAUUUCUAAAAUAUAUAUGGUGUAUAUAUGUAUAUAGUAUUUUAGCAUGUAUAUAUAUAUAUACACACACACACACACACACUAAAAUAGUAUAUACUAAAAUGGCAUAUAUAUAUAUUAGAGACAGGGUCUUGCUCUGUUGCCUAGGCUGGAGUGUAGCAGCAGGAUCAUAGCUCAUCGCACCAUGAAACUCCUGGCUUUAAACAUUCCUCCCACCCUGGCCUCUCGAAGUGUUGGAAUUGGCGUGAGCCAUGGUGCCCAACUCUUUUUUUUUUAGAGACAGGAUCUGAUAUGGUUAGGCUUUGUGUCCUCACCGAAAAUCUCAUCUUGAAUUGUAUUCCUCAUAAUCCCCGCGUGUCAAGGGAAGAGUCAGGUGGAGGUAAUUGAAUCCUGGGGGCAGUUUCCCCCAUGCUGUUCUCAUGAUAGUGAGUGAAUUCUCACGAGAUCUGAUGGUUUUAUAAGGGGCUCUCCCCUGCUUCGCUCGUCUCUUCUUCCUGCUGCCUUGAGAAGGUGCCUGACUUCCUCUUUGCCUUCCACCAUGAUUGUAAGUUUCCUGUUAGGAACAGGCCCCCCAAAUCUGGCCAUAAACUGGCCCCAAAACUGGCCAUAAACAAAAUCUCUGCAGCACUGUGACAUGUUCAUGAUGGUCAUAACGUCCACGCUGGAAGGUUGUGGGUUUACUGGAAUGAGGGCAAGGAACACCUGGCCCACCCAGGGCGGAAAACCGCUUAAAGGCAUUCUUAAACCACAAACAAUAGCAUGAGCGAUCUGUGCCUUAAGGACAUGCUCCUGCUGCAGAUAAGUAGCCCAACCCAUCCCAUUAUUUCGGCCCAUCCCUUCGUUUCCCAUAAGGGAUACUUUUAGUUAAUCUAAUAUCUAUAGAAACAAUGCUAAUGACUGGCUUGCUCUUAAUAAAUAAUGUGGGUAAAUCUCUGUUCGGGGCUCUCAGCUCUGAAGGCUGUGAGACCCCUGAUUUCCCACUUCACACCUCUAUAUUUCUGUGUGUGUGUCUUUAAUUCCUCUAGCGCCGCUGGGCUAGGGUCUCCCUGACUGAGCUGGUCUUGGCAAGUGGUGUCCAUCGUGGGGCCUCAAAUACAGGUUGAAGGGUUGCCAGAGCAAUGGUUGGAGAACGUGGAACUAGCUGGAGGACACCCGAGUACUCUUAAAGCAAUCCCCGGGGCCAAAAUCAACAGCUGAUUUGGUUACCAUCAAGACACCUGAAACCUUAUCAUGAGCCAGAUUCCGGGAGGAUCCCGAGGACCCGUCAGUUGUAGCCAUGUUGAGACUGAUGGCUGAGGAGGACCCCAACUGUCACAAGCAACACGCGUCUAACACAGCCACCCACCUGGGGACAGAUCAAGAAGCUGUCACAGAUGGCGGAAGAAACCCUGAGGAAAGCAGGACAGCCAGUCACAAUGGGUAAUUUAAUGGUAGCUAUGAUAGCGGUGAUCACCAUUGCCGUGAGUAUUCCUUCAACAAGAGCUGACACAGAGAACAAUUAUUCUUAUUGGGCAUAUUUAUCAAUCUUGGCUGGCAAUAAUGCCUGGAUGUAAUCACUCUAUGACACAGUUACACAUGCUUUCUGAUCUCAGUAUUUACCAUAAUAAAUCUGCUCCUAUAAUUGAGGCAUACCGCCCUCAAAAACCUAUUUGUACACAGGAUUGGACCCAGUUAGACAAAAUGAACAUACUUGUUUAGGAAGAUUGCAUUGCAGAACAGGCAGAGGUGCUGCACAACUAUUCCUAUGGAAUCAUUAUUAAUUGGUCCCCUAAGGGGAUGUUUAGCUUGAAUUGCACCUCUCAGUCUGUGUGUCUCUGCUACACUACGUUUAGAUGAUCUGAACAAAAUGGUCAGAUGGUAGAAAUGAUAAAAAGUACGGCAAGAGUUCCUCUUAUCUGAAACCAUGGUGGUAUAGUGGCACCUCAACCUCAGAUGAUAUGGCCCGUUGUAGGAGCUAAGCAUAAGAUAAGGAUUUGUGGCUUAAUAAGAUCAAAAUUUGGGAAAGAAUAAAAAAGCAUCUAGAAAGACACUCUACAAAUUUGUCUUUAGAUAUUGCAAAAUUAAAAGAACAAAUAUUUAAAGCAUCCCAGGCACACCUGACCUUAAUGCCAGGAACUGGAGUGCUUGAAGGAGCUGCAGACAGAUUAGCAGCUAGUAACCCAUUAAAAUGGAUAAAAACACUUGGAAGCUCUGUGAUUUCAAUGAUGAUUGUGCUUUUAAUCUGUGUUGUUUGUCUUUGUAUAGUCUGCAGAUGCGGAUCCUGACUCCUGCGAGAAGUAGCUCACCAUGACAAAGCUGCCUUGGCUUUUAUUGCUUUGCAAAUCAAAGAAGGGGAACAUGUUGGGAACAGCCCCCCCCCCAAAAUCUGGCCAUAAACUGGCCCCAAAACUGGCCAUAAACAAAGUCUCUGCAGCAUUGUGACAUGUUCAUGAUGGCCAUAACACCCACGCUGGAAGGUUGUGGGUUUACUGGAAUGAGGGCAAGGAACACCUGGCCCACCCAGGGUGGAAAACCGCUUAAAGGCAUUCUUAAACCACAAACAAUAGCAUGAGCGAUCUGUGCCUUAAGGACAUGCUCCUGCUGCAGAUAACUAGCCAAACCCAUCCGUUUAUUUCGGCUCAUCCCUUCGUUUCCCAUAAGGGAUACUUUUAGUUAAUCUAAUAUCUAUAGAAACAAUGCUAAUGUCUGGCUUGCUGUUAAUAAAUACGUGGGUAAAUCUUUGUUCGGGGCUCUCAGCUCUUAAGGCUGUGAGACCCCUGAUUUCCCACUUCACACCUCUAUAUUUCUGUGUGUGUAUUUUUAAUUCCUCUAGCGCCACUGGGUUAGGGUUUCGCCAACCAAGCUGGUCUUGCCAUUUCCUGAGGCCUCCCCAGCCAAGCUGAACUGUGAGAUCCAACCCCGCCAUUGGUCGGCUUCCGUUACGCCGCUGAUGUGGAGUAGGGCCGAGCGCGGAACGCGAGGGGCUGCUGGGGUGUGUGUCGCAGCGGGUUUUCCUCGGCGGUUUGCGGAGCUGCUAGGAUGGAGCAGGUUGCGGAGGGAGCAAGUGUGACCGCAGUCCCUGUGUCAGCUGCCGACAGCACUGAGGAGUUGGCCGAAGUCGAAGAAGGAGUUGGAGUAGUGGGUGAAGAUAAUGACGCAGCCGCGAGAGGAGCGGAGGCCUUUGGCGACAGUGAGGAGGACGGAGAGGAUGUGUUCGAGGUGGAGAAGAUCCUGGACAUGAAGACCGAGGGGGGUAAAGUUCUUUACAAAGUUCGCUGGAAAGGCUAUACAUCGGAUGAUGAUACCUGGGAGCCCGAGAUUCACCUGGAGGACUGUAAAGAAGUGCUUCUUGAAUUUAGGAAGAAAAUUGCAGAGAACAAAGCCAAAGCAGUCAGGAAGGAUAUUCAGAGACUAUCCUUAAAUAACGACAUAUUUGAGGCGAACUCUGAUAGCGAUCAGCAAAGUGAGACAAAAGAAGAUACUUCCCUAAAGAAGAAAAAGAAAAAAUUAAGGCAGAGAGAAGAGAAAAGCCCAGAUGAUCUGAAAAAGAAAAAAGCAAAGGCCGGGAAGCUAAAAGACAAGUCCAAACCAGACCUGGAGAGCUCCUUGGAAAGUUUAGUUUUUGAUUUAAGGACAAAGAAAAGAAUUUCUGAAGCCAAAGAAGAACUAAAGGAGUCCAAAAAGCCCAAAAAAGAUGAAGUAAAAGAAACAAAGGAAUUAAAGAAAGUUAAAAAGGGUGAAAUAAGAGAUUUAAAGACGAAAACAAGAGAAGAUCCCAAAGAAAAUAGAAAAACAAAAAAAGAAAAAUUUGUCGAAUCCCAGGUGGAAUCUGAAUCAAGUGUACUUAAUGAUUCCCCCUUUCCGGAGGAUGACAGUGAAGGGCUACAUUCCGACAGCAGAGAAGAGAAACAAAACACUAAAAGUGCAAGAGAGAGAGCAGGGCAGGACAUGGGGCUGGAGCAUGGCUUUGAGAAGCCCCUAGACAGUGCCAUGAGUGCUGAGGAGGAUACCGAUGUCAGAGGCAGGAGGAAAAAGAAGACCCCGAGAAAGGCUGAGGACACUAGAGAGAACAGGAAGCUAGAGAACAAGAACGCUUUCUUAGAGAAGAAAACUGUGCCUAAAAAGCAGAGGAAUCAAGACAGAAGCAAAAGUGCUGCAGAGUUAGAGAAGCUGAUGCCUGUAUCUGCCCAAACGCCAAAGGGCUGGAGGUUGAGCGGGGAAGAGAGAGGCCUCUGGUCCACGGACUCAGCCGAGGAGGACAAAGAGACCAAAAGAAAUGAAUCCAAAGAAAAAUAUCAGAAAAGGCAUGAUUCUGACAAAGAAGAAAAAGGCAGAAAAGAGCCAAAAGGAUUAAAGACACUUAAGGAAAUCAGAAAUGCAUUUGAUUUAUUUAAAUUAACUCCAGAAGAAAAAAAUGAUGUUUCUGAGAAUAAUCGGAAAAGGGAAGAAAUACCACUGGAUUUUAAAACCAUAGACGAUCACAAAACCAAGGAAAACAAACAGUCACUUAAAGAAAGGAGAAACACCAGAGACGAAACGGAUACUUGGGCAUACAUUGCUGCAGAAGGUGAUCAGGAGGUUUUAGACAGCGUGUGCCAAGCAGAUGAGAAUUCGGAUGGCAGGCAGCAGAUUCUGAGUUUGGGCAUGGACCUGCAGUUGGAAUGGAUGAAGUUAGAAGACUUCCAAAAGCACCUUGAUGGGAAAGAUGAGAAUUUUGCUGCAACAGAUGCAAUUCCAAGUAAUGUGUUAAGGGAUGCUGUGAAAAAUGGGGAUUAUAUUACUGUAAAAGUUGCACUUAAUUCAAAUGAAGAAUAUAACCUGGACCAAGAGGAUUCCAGUGGAAUGACACUGGUGAUGCUUGCCGCCGCGGGAGGGCAGGACGACCUCCUGCGACUCCUCAUCACAAAAGGCGCGAAAGUGAACGGUCGGCAGAAGAAUGGGACCACCGCCCUCAUUCAUGCUGCAGAGAAGAACUUUUUAACAACAGUGGCUAUUCUUUUGGAAGCAGGAGCUUUUGUAAAUGUCCAGCAAAGCAAUGGUGAGACUGCACUGAUGAAGGCCUGUAAAAGAGGAAAUUCAGACAUCGUACGACUCGUAAUUGAAUGUGGAGCUGACUGCAAUAUUUUGUCAAAGCACCAGAAUAGUGCCCUGCACUUUGCGAAGCAGUCUAACAAUGUGCUUGUGUACGACUUGCUGAAGAACCAUUUAGAGACACUUUCAAGAGUAGCAGAAGAGACAAUAAAGGAUUACUUUGAAGCUCGCCUUGCUCUGCUAGAACCAGUUUUUCCAAUCGCAUGUCAUCGACUCUGUGAGGGUCCAGAUUUUUCAACAGAUUUCAAUUACAAACCCCCACAGAACAUACCAGAAGGCUCUGGCAUCCUGCUGUUUAUCUUCCAUGCAAACUUUUUGGGUAAAGAAGUUAUUGCUCGGCUCUGUGGACCGUGUAGUGUACAAGCUGUAGUUCUGAAUGAUAAAUUUCAGCUUCCUGUUUUUCUGGACAGUCAUUUUGUUUACUCAUUCAGCCCUGUUGCAGGUCCCAAUAAACUCUUCAUAAGGUUGACAGAAGCACCCUCUGCCAAGGUUAAGUUGCUAAUAGGUGCAUACAGAGUGCAGCUGCAGUGACCAAACAGAAGGGACUGGGCGGAGUUCUCUUCAGACCGAUUCCUGUACUCUCUUUGACAGCAGUUUGGAAUUCUUCUAGCACAUCUAUGUAAAGUUUUGUCUGUAAACCUCUUGCAGUUAAGCCUGUUGUCUGUUGUAGUCUGUAAGAUGCGACAUAGCUGUGUCUGUGCCAGUAUGCCGGAAUCUCAGUGCAGUGUCCAGACUGCGUAUUUCAGUUUUUCCACAAUGUGGAUAGUACAUAUGAGGAUUAUUUAAGAAAAUUAAAGACUUCACUUUCUUUUUUUCUGGAGACGGAGUUUCGCUCUUGUUGCCCAGGCUGGAGUGCAAUGGCGCGAUCUCGGCUCACUGCAAGCUCUGCCUCCUGGGUUCAAGCGAUUCUCCUGCCUCAGCCUCCCAGGUAGCUGGGACUACAGGCACCCGCCACGGCACCCAGCUAAUUUUGUAUUUUUAGUAGAGAUGGGGUUUAUCCAUGUUGGUCAGGCUGGUCUUGAACUCCUGACCUCAGGUGAUCCACCCGCCUCGGCCUCCCAAAGUGCUUGGAUUACAGGCAUGAGCCACCGCACCCAGCAAGAGUUAUUUUCUUAACUUGAAAUUUUCUACUAGCCCUGGUGAACUUCUCUGUUUAAAAAAAAAAAAGAAAAAAGAAAAAUUCAGCUCUAAAACAUUUGCUUACAGCAAGGGAGCCAUGUUAUAUUCAAGUUACCCAAGCACCAAAUAAAGUGUGGGUUUGCUGCCCUUGAAAGGGUUGGGAGGCCUGAUCUUUUUCUAGUAGACAGUUGCCACACAUUCCCCAAGCACAAAAGGUGGAGAUGGCAGUCACUUUGUAAAUGUGCUGUAGUCACUUAUCUUUUCAAAGGGUAAAAAGAGAAUCUAAGAUGUAGUAAGAAUAUAAACCAGUACACUAUGAGACCUAAAAGAAAAUAUUAAAUGUGAACUUUUAGCAGAGCGUGGUGGCUCACACCUAUAAUCCCAGCGCUUUGGAGGCUGAGGUUGGAGGAUUGCUUAAGUCCAGGAGUUCGAGACCAGCCUGGGUAACACGGGGUGGAACAAGCCUGUAGUCCCAGAUACUCAGGAGGCUGAGGUGAAAGGAUUGCUUGAGCCAGGGAGGUCAAGGCUGCAGUGAGCCGUGAAAGGCCGCUGCACUCCAGCCUGGGUGACAGAAUGAGACCUUGUUUCAAAAAAAAAAAAAAAAAAGUUUCUUGGAAUCUAUACUUUUUUUUUUUUUUUUGAAAAGCCAGACCUUGUGCCCCUGUUUUGAACACCGACUGGGAAGAUGGGGCUUAGGUAACAGCCAAGCCUGGCUGUCAGCUGUGUGGGAGCCACCACCCUGUCUGGGAAGAGUUCCUGCUUCUGUAUGGCAAGCAUAAAUCAAGCUCAGUCUGGGUUAUGGAGAAGUUGAAAAUUGUUUUGUUCCUCAUUAGUUUAUAAUUGUAUGAAAUACGAUUUUAAUGAAAACUUUUCAGAAUUCACGUUUGUGUAGAUAUUUCAGAGAACCAUUUUUACUUUACAUCCUAAAACUGCCUUUUCCUAUGGUUUUGUCAAUAAAACACUAUGUUGGUCUGUUUCCUUUUA